AUGACCGACGACCACUCCGCCCUCGCGCCGCUCGCGCUCGCGCUCCUCCCCCUCCUCUCCAGCAGCGCCGAGCUCACGCCGUCCCGCGCAGCCACGGCGCUCGCUGCGCUCCUAUCGGUCGGGUCGCUCGCUGAGAUGCUCCACGCGCCCGAGGCGGCGCUGGACGCGUUCCGCUCGUGGGUCGCCAGCUCACUCACGGCAUACAUAUACUAG